AUGUUCUCAUUUCUUCGACGAUCUGCUGGUGUCUUAGCAGACUCCAGUGCCAAGGCCCUCCGCAUGGACGGUCUUCAGGGCUGGCAAAAAGAGCUACCAAUGGCUGCACUCAACUCUAAAAAAGAUCUUGCUCAAUGGGCAAUUGGCUGCGACAAAGACAUUGGUGGCUUCACUGAGGCUAGUCUCGACAUUACUCCCGACAACACUGGACUAUUCCAUGGCAAUCUUUCGCUUGAAUUGCCUGCUAACCGAGAGAUUCAGCAUAGUGGUUAUGCUGCCAUUCGCUCCAAGGUUAAGCCCUCAUCUAUGUUUGGUACUCCUUGUUGGGACACAAGUUUGUUCCGCUACCUUGGACUUCGCGUCAAAGGUGACAACCGCAAGUACUUUGUGAAUAUUCAGACUGACGGCGUAAUCCAGACUGAUCUUCACCAGCACAGACUAUUCUUGAGAACGCCAGGUCAAUGGGAAACUGUUAUGAUCCCAUUCCGUGAUUUUAUCUUGACAAACAAUGGUAUGAUCCAGGAAGAGCAGGUCGAGAUGUUCCGUGAGAAGGUCAAGACAGUUGGUGUAUCUCUUAUGGAUCGUCAGGAAGGUCCAUUCAAACUAGAAAUUGACUGGAUCAAAGCCAUGAAUACAGAAUUCACAGAAGGUGAUAUGGAUCGCGUACCACCAAGUAAAGAAACAUCAGAUAUUUCAUAG